AAUAAUAAAUGAAUUAAUAAAGUAAUGUAAGAUCUAAAUUCACUAAAAUGAUACAAAUUAUUGCGUUCAAUAACCGCUAUCAAAGUGCGACUGCAAAUGAGCGAAUGAAAUAAAGAUCUGUGAAAAAUCUUAUUAAAAUACGAGAAAAUAAAAAUAUAAAGAAAUGCAAUAAAAAUUGUUCUUAAAGAAACAUUAUCGAGAGCAUCUGUGAAGAAAUGUCUGCGACCUACAAUUGGCGGAAUAAUGCAACCCCGAAUUUGUUUAUCUCGACGUCGUAAGUGGCAUUGUCACGGCUAGAUGCGAGCCAAGGCAUUUCGAACAACCGAUUAACAAGUGUUACGUUAAAUCUCGACACGUGCCCGGAGCGGUUCACCAAGGCACGUGUCGUUGUGUUUAGAAAUAUUACCCUGCACGCGCCUAGAGCUCGACACGUGUCGAUCCUAUCUCUCGAUCCUCGAGACGUGGUCGAGUGUCCGUAGGUGCGCUUCGUAAAUAAUAUGUAAUUAUCAAGAGGAUUUAGAAUCCAGUUACAAUCAUUCAGUCAAUAAAUCCAAAAUGCUUAACGCGAGGAAUUAAAUGACGUGACGACACAUCAGUUUCACUUACGUCUAGUCAAGCGACCUAGUCAUAUCACUUUUGCUCUGGACUUUACGAUAAAUCGUAUUGUAAUUAAUACAAUUGUAAGAUUCGCAAUAUUAAGUAUUAAAUUUGAGUGGUCAUCGGUGAAUAUCAUUAUCAUCAUCAUCAUCAUGUAUUCGAUGGACAAUCUCGAGCGGGAUAUGAUGAACCGGCAGUACAUUUACGAGGCGCACAGCUUCCUAGGAAAUCCGGCGAUCCCUACGUUGCCACCGCAUUGUGGGGUACCAACGACGGCGACGCUUCCGGCUGUCAUCCCGUCGCAGCUGCCAUCGUCUCACCAUCCCUCCGGUAGCACCGGCAGCACCAGUGGCAGCGAGCACUACCUGUACGACGAGAACAGCAGCGACAACGAGAGCGUCUACAGCAGCGAUCAGGAGAAUCACACGAGGGAACGAAGUCGAGGUAAUCGGCGCAGCGGAGCGUCGGGAAAAUGUCCGAGACAGGUGCAGGUACAGCAGCGGCAAGCGGCAAAUAUGAGGGAGCGAAGGCGCAUGCAAAAUAUAAACGAUGCUUUCGAGGGCCUGAGGGCCCACAUACCAACUUUGCCGUACGAGAAGAGACUAUCGAAAGUCGACACGUUGAAGCUGGCGAUCGGUUACAUCAACUUCCUCAACGAGCUCGUGCGGACGGACAAGGGUAACGAUCCGCUGACGGGCAGUAGCGGUCUCUCCAGAUGUUCUAGCCGGGACGAUUCUAAGAAGAUCAUAGUUCGUGGAUGCGGUGGAAAUCCAUUUAUCUCGCAUUCGCUCUCGUGGUCGAGAAAAUCGGACAUCUCGCCGAAUGGCACGAUGUACGCGAAAGUUUGGACACCGGAGGAUCCGCGAACGUCCAAAAGCGGGACGCCUUUCGAAUAAACGGAGCAUUCGAAGAAAAAUGUAUGACUUUAUUCGUAAGAUUCUCUUAUACAAGGGAAGAAAGGAUAUGUCAUUCGCAAUGAACAAGGACGUUCCUCUCGCGUGUUAUUUAGUGUCUAAGAAGAAGCGUUUCUAGUCACUAACCCUUGUGAGAGAGAUUUGUAUUUUUCAUCUAAUCUUAUUUUUGAUUCUUUAUGAUUCUUUAAGCAAAUAUAAUUGCUAAUAAUUAUA